AUGGAUUCUGUUCCAGUUUCGUCUAAGGUCCUGCUUGAUGCUAUGUUAGAAAAGGUUGGCCUUCCAGCGGCAACCUACUCGGCAUCCCCAAAAGACGACACGCAUCUGCGGGUCACCGUUACCUUUUACCCAAUCAAGAUCAGGCUGGGAAAUUCACCUGCCAAAGUUUCCCUGUCUACCUCAGAGCACCAAGAUCUAGAGAUAGCUUGGGAUUACGUGGCUGCCGCAGUGAUUAAGUACAUAGAUGCUUAUGAGGGUGUGGUUCCUAAAGAUUACCAUUAUGAUCAACUGAUGACUGUGGAAAAGGCAAAUGUAUUGCUGGGUCAGCAGCUUAAGGCGAUGAAAAGGAACAAUGCAUCUCUGAAACAGAAGCUAAAAGAGAGCAUUACCAAAAACAAGCUCCUGAGCAAAGGAUGGGAUGGAUCCCUGGACACAGAACAGAACAUCCUCAACAACGUUCUUCUCAAUGUAGAGGCCAGUUGCGAAUACCUUCAGCAGUACACUGAUGAGGCCAUGGUCAACCUUCAAGAAGCUGGUGUCUAUCCCUAUGGCCAGGAGCAAUCAACUGAUGAAGAUGAGGACCUGCCAACCCAAAGCGAUGAAAAUCCACCAUACGAUCCAGUGAUGAGGACCUUCCUUGAUGAUGAACAGAUCUUUGACAGUGAAGGAUACUGCUCUGAUGACUACCGUGUCCUACCUGAAGAUCACUUCUAA